ACCUAAGGUGAACUACCUUUGCCAGGCUUCAAAAAACUCUCUGAGUUUCUUGGAAAUUGAGAGAUCAAUAGCCUAACAAGGCCCCUUCGAUCACUAUAUUUUUUUGGAUAAGAGGUUAAGUAUUGAUUGGUGAGAGGAAAAUGUCUGAUUGGGGUCCGGUGUUUGUGGCGGUGGUGCUCUUCGUCCUGUUAACGCCAGGGCUGCUGGUUCAGGUGCCUGGUCGCAAUCGAUUUGUUGAGUUUAGCAACUUUCAGACGAGCGGAGUGUCCAUAUUAGUUCACUCACUUCUCUACUUCGCCCUCAUUUGCAUCUUCUUAUUAGCCAUUGGGAUCCAUUUGUACACUGGCUAAACUUUUUACUGAAUCUUCGUAAUCAUGGUCGACCUUUUCUUUCACCUAUUUGGGUUGCGUUGUCAUUUGUCAUGCAUGUUUCUUGUUUGGCCUUGGCUUCUUUCUCUCUUGUUUCACCAUUCAAAUUUCAAUUCAAUUAAUUUAUGAUUUGAUAUGAUGUAUCAUCCGUUGGGAAAGCUCUAGUUAUUGAUGGUUGCACCUUUUUUUUCUUA